AACGCCCUGGGAAUAUACAAAAGAGCACAAUUGGGCGUAAAUAAAAUAGAAAACAACACAGCAUCUUGAAGAACGGGUAAACGAGUGGUACUGACUUGGUCGAUCUUCAAGAAUUCUCUGAGUUGUGGUGACUUCAUGCAGUAUGAGUGAAUAUAAAGACCCAGCGUACCCACCAGAACAACCCACUGCCCCCUACGCCCAAGAUGUCAACCCACAGGGCUACCCACAACCUCCAGGGUACGCCCCUCAAGCCUAUGCCCAACAGGAUCAAGGCUACCCUCCACAGCAGGGAUAUGGGCAUCAGGGUUAUACACCCCAGCAGGGCUACCCUCAACAGCAACCUCGAGGAUACCCUCAGCAGCAACCUCAAGGACACCCUCAGCAGCAACCUCAGGGGUACGCUACUCAGACCUACGUCCCCCAAGCUGUGUAUACACCACAAGGACAAGUUACUAUUAAGACUGGUGCUCCACAGCACACAGCGAUGGUCCGAACAACCCAAGUAGAGCCCAAUGACUACCUGUGCUUCUCAAUAUUCGUCAUGUUAUUGUGUUGUCUGCCAUUUGGGAUUAUUGCUCUCAUCAAAUCCAUGGACGUCCGGAGUUUGGUCGCAGUCCGAGACUUCAACGCAGCCGCUAGAGCCUCAAAAUCAGCCAAGAAUUGGAACGUUGCUGGUCUGGUAUCUGGACUCAUGAUUUAUAUUUUCACAGUUAUUAUCAUGAUCAUCUGGUUUGUUGUCUUUGCGAACGCUGUCUCCGAUAUUACAGACGACUUUACGUUUGAUUACGUUUGAUUCUUAAGGCUAGUCCUAACUUAUGACUAGUCCUACGACUCUUUAGGAGUUAUUAAAAACUAAAGUCCUCAGGACUCUU